UAAGGGAAAAGAAAAAAAAAACAAUUGGACUAGAUGUGUAAACAUAGAAAGAUGCAAGGGUAAAAAUGAAAUAAAUGGGACAAUAGGGACUGAAAUCGAACAUAAAUUUCAAAAACUGUUUUCCUCUUUCAUCCCGAGUUCACAGUACAGUACACAAAACACAGUUGAAAUUGGGGAAGAAGAAAAAGAAGAAGAAUGGAUUUGGAAUCAGUGAAGAAGUUCGUGGAGAAAGACGGCGGCGACUAUGAAUUCACGGUGGAUUCGAUGCCAGCUAGAUUCAUUGAGCCAAUUGUGAUGCAAGGUCUCAAAAUCGACCGCAUCGAACGCGGCCGCGUUGUUUGUUCCCUCACCGUGCCCCCUCGCCUCCUGAAUACUGGGAAUACGUUGCACGGCGGAGCCACGGCGGCGCUGGUUGACAUAGCAGGAUCAGCUGUUAUUUACACGAUGGGUGCUCCUACAACAGGUGUCUCCGUCGAGAUCAACGUUUCAUACUUGUCUGGCGCUUAUGUUGGUGAGGAAAUCGAGAUAGAUUCAAAGGCAUUACGCGUGGGAAAGUCGGUCGCUGUUGUCAGUGUCGACUUCACAAGUAAAAAGACUGGAAAACUUAUUGCUCAGGGUCGUCACACUAAAUACCUGCCUGUAGCUACCAGUAAGAUGUGAAAAUACCCUUGCAUUUAUGCAUUGCCUGUACCACUAGCAAAAAUUGUAUCCACUAAGAAUAAAGAACUAUUCUGUUUUCACAUCAGGCAUAUAUGAAAUCAUCUUCUUUAAAUCUUCA